AUGGAAGAGCACCGUCUGUCUGUUUGUGCUAUUAUGGAGUCCCAUGUUGAUUCGUCAUCUCUUGCUAGUGUAUGUAGGAAGGUAUGUCGUUUGUGGGAUUGGAAUUCUAAUGCUAGUGUAUGUGAUAAAGGUACACGUAUCAUUGUCGGUUGGAAUAGUGAACUCGUGGAUGUUAUGGUUAUCUCUCAGACAGAUCAGGUGUUUGUUCAUGAUAGACCUUGGAUAAUUCUAGGCGACUUUAAUUCUGCUCUGAACUUGGAAGAUAGCCUUAAUGGUUCAUCUUCUAUUUCUAUUAGAAUGCGCGACUUUAAAGAGUGUGUAGAUAGAAUUGACGUGGUUGAUAUUAAUAGUUUGGGAGUACAUUUUACUUGGAACCAGAAACCGAAGAAUGGUAAUGGUAUUUUCAUGAAAAUUGAUAGAGUCAUGGGUAAUGUUGGGUUCAUUGAUGCCUUUCCUACUGCUUCUGCACUUUUCCAGCCUAAUAGAGUUUCUGAUCACUCUCCUUGUGUUCUAAAACUCCCUUCAGUAUCACAUAGUAGGCCGAAACCUUUUAAGUUUGCAAAUUUUUUGGCUAAGAAACCUGAUUUUAUUCCUUUAAUGAGGCAGCAUUGGAUUGAUGUGUAUAAUGGACAUCAUAUGUUCAAAUUAGUUAAGAUGUUAAGGGCCAUGAAAGCACCUAUGCGUGGUCUCCUUUUUAAGCAAGGAAAUCUCCAUGCUAAAGUUUCCAAAGCUAGGGAGACUCUUGAUGAAGUACAGCGAGCUAUCGAUGGGGAUCCUUUGAAUAUUAAUGUUAAAGAAAAGGAAGUAAAGUGUUUACAGGUGUUUCGUGAGGCUGCAAUGGAUGAAGAACUGUUCCUAAAGCAGAAAGCUAAAAUCGAAUGGCUUAAGGCGGGUGACUCUAACUCAUCUUUUUUUCAUAAUUCUAUUAAAUGCAGGAACCAUAAGAGUCGAAUUGCAGCUAUCAAAGAGGCUAAUGGAGUUACUCAUGAAGGUGGAGAGGCUGUCCGUAUUUUGGUGGAUCAUUAUUCACAUUUUUUGGGUUCUAAAGGGAAUAUAGGCUCGACACCUAGUGAAUCUUUAUUCACUAACCGGUUGUCGAGAUAA